CGCGUCGUGGCCCAAUUCUAAAAUUGACCAAUCAUCUGCAGCGCCGCUAUUCAGUACGUGGCAUUACGUGGCAGAGAAAUAAAAUCACUUUUGUGUUAUUUUGGACAAUAUCGCCUCAAAUAUGAAUAUCUACGGUCAAAUUGUGACCAUUUUGGUUUCAAUAUUUAGUUUUAGUGGAAUAGAAUGCUAUUUUAUCAAUAUAGAUGCUCACGCCGAGGAAUGUUUCUUCGACAAAGUUUCAUCUGGAACAAAAAUGAGUUUGAUGUUUGAAGUUGCUGAAGGGGGAUUCUUAGAUAUUGACGUGAAGAUCAGUGGACCAGAUGGUAAGAGCAUAUACUCAGGAGAUAGAGAAUCUAAUGGAAAAUACACAUUUGCAGCACAUAUGGAUGGUGUUUACAAGUACUGCUUCAGUAAUAAAAUGUCAACUAUGACACCUAAGAUUGUCAUGUUCUCAAUGGACCUUGGUGACAAGCCUAAAGAAUCCAAAGAUAUGAACACAGAUGAGCACCAUAAUAAACUAGAGGACAUGGUGAAUGAGCUAUCAACAUCACUGACUGGUGUGAAACAUGAGCAAGAAUACAUGGAGGUCAGAGAGAGAAUACAUAGAGCAAUUAACGACAAUACCAAUUCAAGAGUAGUGUUGUGGUCAUUCUUUGAGGCCCUUGUGCUAGUCGCCAUGACCCUAGGACAGAUUUAUUAUCUAAAACGAUUCUUUGAAGUGCGACGUGUUGUAUAGACAGUAAUCAAGACAUAGGAUUUUGGAUUAAGCUAGGCCAAGUGGAAUAAGUCUUGGACCUAUUUGUGCAUGAUUCAAGAUCUAAAACUUCAACUUGGACACAUUUAUCGUUGUUCUACUUGGCCUACCUUAAUUAAUGUUGAUAUAUUUAAGAUAUCACCCUGAUAUCACACAUAUGGUUUUGUAUUAAGGUGGCAUGAGUGGUAAUGAUGUCAGUAUGGAAUUCUACAUAAUGAGUUAAUAGCCAGAAUUUUUGUUAUAUUCUGCCUACCUUAAUGGAUGUGUUGUACGUGAGUUACAGUGUAAAGAUGUAUAGAUGUCACCUCAUUCCAAA